CGCAUGCACACUGGACGGAAUAUAAAAGAGCAGCAGAGCCCGUCCCCACUCUUCCUUUCCACUCAUCUCAGAACAGUUUCUCGGCAGCUUAUUCUUCGCACGUUCUACUUGCCUCGAUCAAGCUUCGCUUACAUUCACAACCGUACUCGCACACAUCCAACUUCGCUUCCUCUCUGCACGUUCAGCUCGAUACGCCGCAUACUUCGGUACCAUACGCUGUCAGCUUCUGCUCAAUUGGAACCCUCUGUCUUUUUACGAUCCUCGUACUUCAGAACGGAAAUCCGAGUCAACCCCGAUAUCAUCAAAUUUCUCGUUACUCAGACUGAUUUCGGACUCGACCCCGUAAUCAGCAUUCACACAUCUUUCAUUUCAUUGAAACAUACAAGAUGUCGGCAAUUAUCCGCACAAUUGGCCUUGAGCCUACUCUUUUCUCCUCGGAGACUCUGAUCUCCUCCAGCUCCUCCGAGCCCACCUCCGCCGAAACCACUAACCCGGCCAGCUACCACCUUGAUAUCGACGAGCUUCUUCGUGUGUACCAUCACCUCAUCGACGAUGGUGCUGUCUCGGCAUCUACCACUCUUGAAAGCGCCAGCGCUCUGUUAGAGCUUCACGGCCAGCCCCAGCCAAGGCUUGAGUCUCUGUCGCCUACCUCUAGUUCCGACGACUCCCUCAUUCUUUUGUUGCCGGAAUUCGCUUUGCCCAUGUUCGAAAUUCGUUCGCCCAGGACCCAGUCUCCGGCCUCCGUGGGACUGAUGGACCUCCCGGUCCCGGUCCUGAUUGACCAGCCUAUCCCGGUCGAUAGCGACGAGAUCAUCAUCGUUGAUGAUGUUCCGGAGCACGCUAUCGCGCUUCGCAACGAUCACAGUGCUUUGCAGGGCAUUGAUCCCGAACAGCUUAUGGCUGCCGAACUACUCUUGAACAUCAAAAACCCUCGCAUCGGCAACAAGAUCUUCAGCGGCGGUGCACGUAUUGCCAGUUAUGACCAUUCGACGGGCGUCGUCGUAAAAAACACUGGCUCUCAUGUCGCUGCCUCUGCUGAGGACUUCCAAGGUCAAUCCGAUGAAGAGAGUUCCGAUGAUGAAGAUGAACACCAACGCUAUAAUGAACACGAAACCGAAUGCACCACCGAAGAUAGCAAGACCGUCGACGUCGUGAGCAGCAGCAGUGACGAAGCCGUUGACUCCGACGCAAGCGGGGGAACCACUGACUCGGAAAACGAUGUGCUGGAACGUAGCUUCAUUGAAAACGCCCAGCGUCCCAGGUCGGCACGCAGCUGGAACCCCUACGAACACAAACGAGAACAUCCGAUUCAACCACGCGGUAGUUACAAGCGACGCAGAUCCAGCGGCGACGAAUCAGACAGCAGCGAAGACGAAGUCAUUCUGCCGCCGGGCUGGACGGACCUCGGUGACUACCUGGCCUCUAAGGAGUUUCACCACAGCCGCGAGCCGCUCGUGGUGAACCUUAAACGGAAGUCGCAUCGUUCCCGCAAGCCCACUGAUAAAGCCAAAGAGGAACAAGAGCGUAAGCGACAGAAAUGCAACCCGAAGGCUCCAUCUCCAAGGGCCCGCGCCCCCGCCCGCAAGCCGACCACCCGCUCCUCUACGAAAGCCUCCACACCAAAGAAGGCGGCGCCGGCGGGACCGUCGACUCGACCAUCGAAAGCAGCGACGAGUCCCCAGUCGCCGCAAACACCCGCCAUCACACCCAACAAGCGCAAGCGUGCCGCGCCAACAAGCACUGAAGAGUCCCCGCCACCAGCUGCCGGCCCGUCAUCGCCUGCGGCCGGGUCGGGGACGCCCAGACCCACAAAGAGAGCUCGCACCAAGAGAGCACCAAUGCCGUCAACGCCACCCACAGCACCGGCUGCGCCCGCGACCCCGCCGCGCUCUGGUGGAAGAGGUCGGGGUGCGGCGGCUGGUGGGGCAUCGAGGACGGCCUCUGAUGACCCCAGGGUGUGCCACUACUGCGGGGCCGAUUCCACCCCGAUGUGGAGACACGGCCCGGCAUCGCACAAAGAUCUGUGCAACAAGUGCGGAGUGAAGUACCUCAGGAAGGCUAUCCUGCAGGACACCCAGGCCGAAGAGUAGACGGCCUCGGCAAUGUAUAUAUCAACACAAGACGACGAUCCGGGAAACCAUGUACCUAC